AAUAGAAUAGUGGCUUCUGUUAUCAUGUUUCCUGCUGAAGCUCUCAUUAACCGACAACAUCACUUCCCUUCAACACUCUCAAAAGAUUUCAUUCCUGUUUCUAGCAUGAUUUGCAACUGAUUUCUUUUUUUAUCAAAGAUGAUUCUGAAGCAAAAAUAUGUUAAAAUGGCGGAUACAAAGAAGCAAACUGAAGGUGGAUCAUCUUUCAUGAUUGAUGCAAUUCUGGGAAAAAACACAGAUAUUUCUGAAAAUAACUUGAAACUUCUUUCAACUGAACCAGAAAUUAUUAACUCUUGUCAUACAAUUCUUAAGCCAACUCCUAUGUCUCCGGCUAGUUUUAUGGGACUUUUCUCUCCUGCAAUAUGUCAGGAACAUAAUGUAUUCACAUUUCCAACAAAUAAUUCACCAUUGACGAGAAGCGAACACAUUUUUCGCUCAUCAAUUUUUCGACCUUAUCUUGAAAAUGAUAUUACACAUUCAUCUAUUGUUGGUUUGGCUAACUCAAAUUCUGAAUCCCGUCCACUGUUAUGGAAACAUAUUCUGCCUCGAAAUACUCUGAAAAGAAAAGGUGGUCAAAUCCGAUUUACUAGUGAGCAAACAGGAAAAUUAGAAAAGACCUUUUCUGAACAGAAAUACUUAUCACCCACGGAAAGGAAAAGACUAGCAUCCUUACUAACUCUUACGGAGAGACAGGUAAAAACGUGGUUUCAAAACCGAAGAGCGAAAUGGCGGAGAUUAAAGCAAGAGGAGUCGAUAACAGCUGAGGAAUCAACAGAUGAACUUAGAUGAAAAUUCAUUCAUUAGUGGGUUUUCCAGAUAAUUUUCGCUUAGUUUGAAAUAUUAUUUUGUAAAAAAAUUUAGAAAUUGUAUUCGCUUACAUUGGAGUAUUUUGUGUAUAAUCCAUACUUAAUAGAGAAAUAAAUAACGUUACUUUUAUUUAUUUCA